GCUUGUCAAUAGUUUCCACGUGAUUAUGUAACUUCCGAUAUGGCGCUGUCAGCGUCGUCGUCGUUUCCUUUUGUCACUGUGCUGCAAGCGCGGUGAGGUGUGUGUCCCAUAGUUUCCACAGGAUAUAAGAUAUUAACAAUGUUCUCAUCCUUAAUGGAAACGGCGCGGAAUUCGCCGUUCCGCGGCCCACUCUCACCGGCCAACUGCGAACCAGCCAUCGCCGCACCUAUGGAACAGGGAGGUAUGGCCGCCUCCGUUGCUCAGGGCGACUCGUGCGAGUUCGGAUCGACCAAAUACUUCGCGCUGUGCGGCUUGGGCGGUAUCCUUUCUUGCGGUAUAACCCACACAGCGGUGGUGCCCCUCGAUCUGGUCAAGUGCCGUCUCCAAGUCGACCCCGACAAGUACAAGAAUGUUGUCAACGGGUUCAAAGUGUCCGUACGGGAGGAGGGCAUGCGCGGUUUGGCUAAGGGGUGGGCGCCUACAUUCAUUGGUUACUCGCUGCAGGGUCUCUGCAAAUUCGGUCUUUACGAAGUGUUCAAAGUGGCCUACUCAGGCAUGUUAGACGAAGAGACUGCAUACACAUACAGAACUGGUGUUUACUUGGCCGCGUCUGCGUCUGCCGAGUUCUUUGCUGACAUCGCCCUAUCGCCCUUGGAGGCCGCUAAGGUGCGAAUCCAAACGAUGCCCGGUUUCGCGUCCACAUUACGCGAGGCGUGGCCCAAGAUGGUCCAGAACGAGGGCUACGGUACAUUCUACAAGGGCCUGGUACCCUUAUGGGGCAGGCAGAUCCCGUACACCAUGAUGAAGUUCGCCUGCUUCGAGAAGACCCUCGAACUGUUGUACAAGUACGUGGUGCCCAAGCCCCGCGACCAAUGCAGCAAGGGUGAACAACUGGUGGUGACAUUCGCAGCUGGUUACAUUGCUGGUGUGUUCUGCGCUAUCGUCUCCCACCCAGCGGACACUGUCGUAUCUAAGCUUAACCAGGACAAGACGGCCACAGUUGGCUCGAUCAUUGGCAAACUGGGCAUGGCCGGAGUGUGGAAGGGUCUCGGCCCCAGGAUUGUGAUGAUUGGUACACUGACUGCCCUGCAGUGGUUCAUCUAUGAUGCGGUCAAGGUAUGGCUCAGGAUGCCCAGACCACCACCGGCCGAAAUGCCAGAAUCUAUGCGCAAAAGGCUUGAAGCUGAGGAAGCCGCGAAAUCAAAAUAAACACUUAAAAACACCUUAGGCGAUAUUAAUUUGACCUUUUUAUGUAUGGCGUUCAAAUUCCACUGCCAAUUUUUGUUGGUGACUCAUUUCGUGUUUUCCAUACGGCAGAGUACAGAUGUAUAGUAAUUUUUAAAUGUCACACGCCAUUUUAAUUAUGUCAAAUAGUAAUUGUAGUUAUUGGUAGGAGUCGAGUGUUGAGCCGCACGGUGUGUUGUUCUACUCCACCGCUAUAUAUUAUGUAUUAUUGUGAUCCAUGAGUAUGAAAUCGUGUAAUUUAUUUUUCAUUUAAAUAAAAAAAUAUUUUUAUUUAUUUUUAUUUUUCAUUUUUUGUUUCACCAUUGUUUACCGUGUAACCAAAGUUGAGAGUUAAUAAAUAUUAGAAGUA